AUGGCAGCUUUACACGAUCCCCGACUGCUCUACAGUGUCAACAACAUCCGCGCUUUUCACAUCCAGGAUGGCGAGGAGCAAGAACUUACACCCUCUGGCCCUCAGCCGCUCUCGUUGCUGAUGGUUCCGACGACCCCUUCAUCACCUAUCCCACAUGCACAUGGCACCGGGGGAGAGAAUGAUCCAGAGACUGAUUUCUAUCUACAUAUGUAUCUUCCCCCGGAGCUUGACCUGGCAUUGCCAGCGGAUACACAAAUAUUUCAUCAGUCACCGAACAGCUAUCUCAUCCCCCGCUGGGACAUGCCACAAGAGAUCGGGGCCUUUAUUCGCAUUCAAUUCCCUAGUAUUGGAUCUGGCCCCAGUAAUGUUACACAGGAUGAUAUUGAUACAUUCGAGACUAUUCUCGCGCAAUGCACUGCAUUCCAUGACUGCGCUCCUUCUCCACGGAAGACUGAAAGUCACGCUGCCUACAAUCCAGCUGCAUACGCGCCUGGCGAGGGAUAUAUCUCGUCAGACAGCAAGAAUCGAGCUUCACAUGGUAAGAUUGUACUAGUGGAUGAGGAAGAUGGUAGUGUGGUUGGAGAGUUGGGCGAUGGAUAUGACGUUGUCGAGGAUGCCGAUGUAAAGCCUGGAUCGAAACGACCCGUUGGAAUUGAACUUCCUAGUGAAGGUGAGGGCAACCGAGUCAAUGUGAGCAAUGUCUCGGAAGAAUACCUGGCCAUGUCUCGCCAUCCCGCAUAUCAAAACUCGACGAUUGUUCAGACAUCGGCCACAGCUUCUCGGCUGAUUGUCACGACCUCGACAUAUCUGGCCAAUGCCAUCUCGAGCGGUGCAGAGAACUUUACGAAGAGAGUGCAGCCUAACCCGCAGCCACUGACGUUCUCCGAUGCUACCCACUCGCGUGUCCGCAAAGUGGGUACACUGUCCAACGGUGCCGCUGGUCUAUCGUCCCGCACCGUAGGGCAAGUGGAGAAGAUUGCGCAGGCGAUGGGUGCCAGAAUGGCCGGCAAAGGCAACCAUGACAAGAGGAAUCCGCCACCGAACUAUAAGCCAGGUGUACUGAAUAAGUCGAUGAUUGCCUUUUCUACUAUUGCAGACGGUAUCCAGGAGGGGGCACGAAAUGUUCUUCUGACUGGUACCGCAGCAGCCAGUACGGUGAUUGGUCACCGAUAUGGGUCUGAAGCAGAGACUGUUGCGAAGAACUUGACUGGAGGCAUCAAAAAUGUCGGUCUAGUGUACAUCGAUGCCACCGGAGUCAGUCGGCGGGCUUUACUCAAGUCAGUUGCUAAGGGUAUGGUUGUCGGACGGAUGCGUAAUGGGCAGCAGGUGAUGGUCGGGACUGGCGACGGUGGAGAACUGCCUCAAGGGACCCAGAUCAAUGCAGAAGCCGGCCCUUCUAGCCUUAGGGCUCGGAAUCCAGUUGUCCGACGUCCAUCGACAAACUCCACACCGCCACCUGCGUAUGGGGCAUCAGGAACGACAUCACUGGGAGGGAUGAAGCGUUAA